CCCCUCUCUCUCCCUCUCCUCUUCCCCUCUCUCUCCCUCUCCUCUUCCCCUCUCUCUCCCUCUCCUCUUCCCCUCUCCUGCCCUCGAGGUCUAGACAGAUGACAUAGUACGACGUGAAAGAGAAAAUAAAAAGAAAAGGAAAGGAUAUACAAAGAAGAGAAAAUAAAAAGAAAAGGAAAGGAUACACACACACACAUGUAUAUAUAAAUCCUAACACUUUGAAAUAAAUAUUAAAGCAAAAAAAAAAAGGAAAAAAAAAAAACUAAUUAUCAAUAGAAAUUUUUAAAAAUCGAUACCGCCAAAUUCAAAAGCAAAGGAAAACAAACAAACAAAUAAAAAAGGAGCCUCCAUGAUAUAACGAGAAAAGUGAGCCUGCACACCAUCGCCAAAGAGGCAUCCCCGCCGCAGUAAGGGCGAGUCCCCCACACAGCGGCAAUAGAUUUCCAACCUUAUGGUUCCUGUGUAAAGGAAGGCCCCUCCCUCCGCGCCACAGGCGGAUGGUCCCCGCAUGACCCCCGCCCCCCCAGCGCGGACGCGAUCAGAUGGCGGCUUCGACGGGCGCCCCCAGGAUGUCCGCGGCGCCCGAGGGGUCGUCCUGCAGGCGCGGCUCGCACUCCCGCCGAAGGACUGACUCCCCGAAGGCCGUGACGCGGGCGCCGACGCCGUACAAGAGGGCGCUGCCGAUGACGCCCGCCCGCUCGCUCGCCUCGCCCUCCAGGAUCAGGCUGGAGUCGGCCUCGAGGAGCACCCUCAGGUCCUCCUCGACCGGCAGGAUGGUGACGCCGCAGGAGGAGGUGACGGAGUCGCCCUCCCGCAGCGGCUCGGCCACGCCCUGCGGAGGCUGCGGUCGCGUCAGGAGAGCCAGCCUCACCUCGUCCCUGCAGCGCCUCCCGCACAAGAAGGAGACUCCAGCGGACAAGACAGAAGCCGAACAAAACAACAACAAUAAUAACAACAACAACAACAAUAACAACAACAACAAUAACAACAACAACAACAACAACAAUGAGACGGCCGCCCUGGAGACCACCCGACCGGCGGAGCCCCCCCCCCCCCCCCCGAGACGGAGGCCGACACCCUCGCCCUCGACAACCGGCCUCGAGACGCGUCCCGCUGCGCCUACAUCCCGGGCCGCCCUUUCACCCCCCGCGAGGGCACGGACUCCCCCAACGACGUGGACCUGAUGGAGGUGAUCAAGAUUCCCGAAGUGGCCGGCAAGAGGUCCCUGGUGGAGGUCCUGUCGCAGGUCGUGAAGCUGGAGAGGUCUUCAUCGUCGUCGGCUUCGGAAAUGACCUCGCGGACGCCCCCAGAGGCUCCGGACAUCGUGACCUCGACGACCAAAGGGCGCGAGAGGAGGGUCGUCAUGGCCAAGAGGGCGGUGGGAGGUGGAGGAGGAGGUUUGGGAGGAGGAGGAGAGGUGAAAAUAGGAGCAGAUGUCGCCACCCUCGCCAUCUUGUGCCAACACUAUGCUGAGCUUGUUCAUGCGCUCAAGGAGGAGAACUACCUGCUCUCCUGCGCACGCAGCCCCCUGCCCACCACCCCCCGGAGCACCCUCAGCUACCGGGGCACGGCCACUGACCCGGGGGCGCGGGGGCCGGUGGGGGGCAGCAGCGGGGGGCGCACCAGGACCUCCAGGACGGCCUUCUCGUGGGAGCCCGAGGCGGUGGCCGGUCUGGAGCAGCAGCCACGUCAGGCGGGCGAGGACGAGGCGGCCGUCCGCGCCACGACGGAGGAGAACACGAGGCUCAUUUCGGACCUGCGCGUGCCAGGGUCGCCGGCGGGCAUCCGGGCCCACAGGACCUCCUCGGGAUCCAGGGAGAGGCACUGCGGCGACGCCAAGUCCCCGAGGAAGAGUCCGGGCCGCGGGAAGGAGGAGGCCCCCGAGGAGGGGCAGGGGGGGCAGCCCGAGGCGCUGGUCCGGGAGCGGAAGCCGUGGACGCUGAGGCCCCUCCGCAGCGCCAAGCACAAGAGGGACUCCCGCCCGCCGCGCAAGAGCUCCUUCAGCAUCUUCAUGCGAGAUUCUUCGAAGGAGCAGGAGAAGGCCGCCAAGGAAAACGCCAACGCCGGCUCCCCCAAGCUCAGCAGGAGCAGUGACGUCAGCGGAGGCGGAGGAGGAGGAGCCGGAGCCGGAGGCGGUGUGGGCCGCGGCGCCGGCCAGCAGCAGCGGGUGACGGCGGCAGAAUUCCGGAAUCCGACGGUCGGCGUCCUGUCGACCAAGAUCCAGGAGAUCGAGGAGAAGAUCCAGGAAAUCCUGCACCUCGAGCCCGUCGACAUCAUCAUGCGGGAGAAUAGCCUGACGAGAUCUCCAACCAAAGGCUUGUCGGGAACUGGUAGUCUCAGGAGGUCAGCGAGCGUAGGUCAACGCGGGGACUUCUAUCGCCACGCCGUCAAGGACACCAGGAGGGAUCAGCUUCCUUAA